UGCAGCCCCAGAGCUCGCUGCGCGGACUUCGCUUCACAGCCUGCUCUCUCGGCACCCCAGACCUGGCAAGUUUGCCUAGGACAUUGGCCCUCCAGGAGUGGAACCUUACAGCCCAAGAUGAUCCUGUUCAACGCCACAGCUAUGACCCCCUUUCUGACCCAGCUGUGGCAGGAGAUGCCCCAGCAGGGCAGCAAUGUGUCUGGCCUGGCCCGCAAGUCCUCUCGCAACAGUGGCAGUGAUCUGGAGGUGCUCUACAUCCUCAUGGUGCUGGGCUUCUUUGGUUUCUUCACCCUGGGCAUCAUGCUGAGUUACAUCCGCUCUAAGAAGCUGGAGCACUCACAUGAUCCAUUCAACGUGUACAUCCAGUCAGACACCUGGCAGGAGAAGGAUAAAGCGUUCUUCCAGGCCCGGGUUCUGGAGAGCUACAGAGCAUGUUAUGUCAUUGAAAACCAGCUGGCUGUGGAACGGCCCAACGCAUAUCUUCCUGAAACAAACCUUUUGUCAUGAACCCUACAUGUUCAAGACAAACCCUACAUGAUGAUCUGAUUUUUCUAAUCAUACUCUUUAUUAUAUGGGUACCAUUGGAUCUUUUUUCCUAUUUUAAAGGGUGAAGGGUGGAUUAAUGACACUCGCUUUCUAAAAUCACAUUCCUUCUAUAGUAGUCUGCCAGUUGUUCUCCAGUAUCUGUCCCUGCUUUGUUAAAUUUAGCAGAAUCCCUGAGAACAUGGCCUCUGAGAAUAAGAACUGCAUCUCCCAGACUCUGUUGUAGCUAGUAAUAACAAGAUCAUGUGACUAAGUUCUGGCCAGUAGAAUAGAAGUGAUAAGUGCCCUUUCUGAAUAAUUCUUGAAAAAGAAAGAGCUUGCCUUCCACUUCCUCCCCUUCCCAGUGGCUGGGACAUGGAUGAGGUGGUAAGUAGCUUUGACACUAGAAAAGAAUGAUAUACCUACAGAUGGCAGAAAAACAAGAGUCCGGCGCCCAGGUAGUGUCAUGGAGCACUGUUUCUCCACCUUCCUGGACCACCCACCAGGUCAGACUUCAUAGGAAAAAGAAAUCAACUCCACUUAAGCCACCAUUACUUUGGUCUCUGUCGAAGUAGCAGAAUGAGUAUCUCCAUUAAUAAGACUGCCUUACAGGACUGGACCCAAAGGUAUGAUAUCCCUAUAUGAGUCCCAAGCACAAUACCAUGUCUGUUGCCCUUGUCACUUCCUUGCUCACCAUCAUGGCUAUAUCCUCUUCUUGUCCUCCUGCCUCCCACUUCUUCUUUACACUCACCUUUCAUGCAUUUCUUCUCAAAUACGCACACACACACACACACACACACACACACACACACCUUUCCCACUCACACAUUCCAAUCUGAAAGAAAUUCACCUCCUAUAGGACUGAAAUGGAAGACAAAAAAGUAUUCCUUUGUGCAGAUGGUCUCCAACUUACAAUUUUCCCAUGUUACAAUGGUACAAAAGUGAUAGAUGUUGGAACCAGCAGUUAGCGUAAUGGCUAUGUCGCUGGACUCCCAU